AUGCAGGAAGCAGCACAUACAGACUCCCCAUGCCCUUUUUAGGACUUCCGGCCACCGGCAUGCUGGGAACGUCGCAUGCAAAUUAGGCGGGCACCCGGCGCUCCGCCCCCUCUACGUUUGGGCCGUCACCAACCCGGCCCAGUGCGCAGGCGCGGGAAAGUUGAACUAGUGAAAGUUACACAAGUUGAGUGAAGGAGGCGGCGGCGGGGCCCUGGGCCUGGGGCCAGCCUCCUCUCUCACAGGUGCCCCAUGGCAGGCUCGGAAGAGCUGGGGCUCCGGGAGGAAACGCUGAAGGUCCUAGCUGCCUUUCUUAGGCAGGGUGAGGCUGCCGGGUCCCCCACUGCAACCUCGCCCAGGAGCCCUGCCCAGGAGGAGCCAACAGACUUCCUGGGCCGCCUUCGAAGAUGUUUUCCUUGCUCCUUGGGUCGAGGAGAAGUUCCUCCUGAGUCUCCUCGGCCUUGCUCCCUGCCCCUUCACCCCUGCUAUGGUUCGCAGCCUGGCCCAGCUACUCCAGACUUCUAUGCCCUGGUGGCCCAGCGGCUGGAACAGCUGGUCCAAGAGCAACUCAGGUCCCCACCUAGCCCAGAGUUACAGGGUCCCCCACCCACAGAAAAGGAGGCCCUACUGCGGAGGCUGGUGGCCUUGCUGGAGGAGGAGGCAGAAGUCAUCAACCAGAAGGUGAUGCCCCCGCCGCCGUCGCCGGAGCCCCUAGCGCGCCUGGCCCUGGCCAUGGAGCUGAGCCGGCGCGUGGCCCGGCUGGGGGGCACCCUGGCUGGACUCAGCGUAGAGCACGUGCACAGCUUCACGCCCUGGAUCCAGGCCCACGGGGGCUGGGAGGGCAUUCUGGCUGGUUCACCCGUGGACUUGAACUUACCCCUGGACUGAGAUUUUCCUCAGCAGCUGCUACCAGAUUGGACCUCGGGUUCCUGGGCUCUCGGUGUGCUUCUCAAGCCUUCCUAUUCUACUCAGGGCUGUGGUGUGGAGGCUGCCCACCCUUGUUUUGCCAAAAAGAAAUUGUUUAAAUUUUUUCCAUAAUAAAAACUUGUUCAAAUAUUUAA